AGAUACAAAAAGCUUCAGUUAGGGCACAAAAAUGGGUCUCAAUCUCAUCAACAAGUUCAGUCUUCUCUUUCUCCUCAUUUCAGCAUCAUUCAUUUCUACUUCUUUUGCAGGUCGACGAUCCAAGUUCGCUGAAAAGUUAGCUAUCCAAGUGGAUGAUGCUUAUGAGGAAAAUUCAAGCAAGCCAUCACAUAAUGAAGAAGCAGAAAUCGUUCGAGAAAGGGUUUUAAGAGCUAACACCAAAGAUUAUGGAAAUUAUGAUCCUGCUCCUGCUCUUGUUAGGCCACCUUUCAAGCUCAUACCAAACUGAAACAUGUAGCCAUGCAUGCAAUUAAGUUCUUAAUGAAGUCCAAUUAGUAUAUGCACAUAUAUAUAAAUAAUUAUUAUAUAUAUACACAUAAUAAAUAAAUUAUGAAAGUGCUCUACCAGAUGUAAUAUAUAGUUAUAUAUGUGGUGUAUGGAAUAUGCCCUAGCUAGUAUAUUCUCAAGUUUUGAAUCCUAAUUAUACAUAUAAUUAAGCUUGUUUUUAGAGAGAAUUAAGUAUGUAUAAUUAAUUGUUUAAGUUUUGUUACAUAAUAAACUUUGAUUAUCUAUA